AGACACGCAAUGAAAAUGGCAUGCACGGAGUAUUUCGAAAGCAUCAUCAAGUUAUUCAAACGUAACUGUUGGGUAGGAGAUAUAUUAUAAGAUGGUCUUUCGACGCCUAGUUGACGGAAUCGGCUUGCUCAUUACUGACUGCGCAUUAAAAGAUAAGGAUAGUUCAUUCGUAUGAAAGCCGCGCUUUCACAGUAAUCUCAUUAUGCUACAUCAUGGAAAUCUAAAAUGAAGUUGAAGAUCCAUGAUUUCCCCUGCUUUACAGAAAGUCAGAAUUCCGAAUGCCUUCCUCCAAAGCGCGGACUAUUACUGGUGUAGUAUAUUGUUAAGCAGGCCAUACCGUCAAAUCCAGAAGAUACCUAGUAUGCUGGAGGGAGACGCCUGCCACCUGCAGAUUUUGGCUUGUCGUGUACAACGCGACCAUUUUUUACGUUAGUGUACAACAGAUAGGAAUUCUGAAGGUAAACCGCCCGUCCGCUUGUCUUGAACGCAAGAUGAUAAUGAAUAUCCUACCAAACACCCAUCACGUCGAGCUGUACGACAAGAAUUACAAGUAGUAUGCAGAAGCGGUCGCAUUGGGACCCACUGAUCAUUGGGUCUUUGGAAAAAUGGCCCCUGCGGACGUAAGCGAUGUAGUUGUGGAGCUUGGCGAGGUUUACCCUCCAUCUAUGAAAGCAGGAGCAAAUGGCGGAACUCCGGAAAACGCGACGGAAGUCUUUCACAGCGCGCCGGCAGUCUUUGUCGAGGCCUCAAAACCGCCGAAUGACCCGCCACCGCAACCACCGUCGCCCAAAAAAAGUGCCUCUGUGGUACACAAACAUUUGAACUAUGAUGUUGGCGAAGGUGUUACAGUAGAUUCAGUACUCGAGCCAGUUGGUAAAAGUAGUCAUAACAUAGACUUGGUCUUUGCUGCACUUGCUGUUGCUAAUACUGUGCAAUCUCGUUAUCGAGGCGGUGUGUCUUCACACGAUGACGAACUAUCGCACAUAAGUAAACUUCUAGUAGGCGGCGACAACACGGCUACCCAGGUCAUAGGAGUAAGUAGCUCGCACCAUUUAGCCAGUUUUUCGCGGUCGAAUUAUUAUUUUCUAUGUACACCUACACAGGGCGAGGAGCCCUUGGCGCCAGCGCGACCCGCCAUCGGCAGAGCAGAAACGGGUCACCCACGAGAAGACACAGUGGCUGUCGCACGAACCUUUAAACUUCUCAUGUUUAUCCAGAUGAUGGUCAACUACGACUCUGGUGCGAUUCCCUCCGUUCUGUUAUGACACAGAUGAUUUUGUGUUUGUGCAGCACCUUUUGUAUCCGUUUCUGAGAAGACGUGCACGUGAUGGCCAUGGUUCGAUAGAAUAUGUUAAAGCUCAGCCUUCAAUGGUCACUGAUGCUGAACGGAGGCGACCCCCUUCAAAGCUCUCCCCUUUCCCUUCGUUUUCCCCUGUUCUCUAAAGCGGUCGCUUCUUCGAUCUCAGUGACCAACCCCAAUGACCAUUGAAAGCUGAGCCUUAAAUAUGAAUAUCUUGUAUUCUUGAAUGCAGUUGCAGGUGCGGCAGACAGUGGUCUUUAUCAUGCUCAUACUUGAAAUUUCAUGAAGCAGUCACGCCUCCAAGCUACAACUGGACCAACGCAGUCGUAUUAUAUAAAUAUGUAUAGAGUAAGGCAAGUGACGGGCUUCGAGUUGCAAGGAGUUGCUCGAGUUGCUGAAGCGAAGGGUUCCAAAUCUGGAUCGCAACGAGUUGCCAGAAGAACAGAAGGCUGGCGCAUCCAAAUGGGGCGAAGCAGGGCGGUGCGGGCGCGGAAGUGCUUGCUCGGCAUGCUGGGCGCCGUCUGCGCGACCUCCUUCGCAAAAGAAGGCCGGCAAGGCGUUACCUCCUUCCGUUUGCGAUCGAUAGCGGCUCGCCGCCCCCCACUCGGUGGCGGGGAGCAAGUGCCUCGCCCGCCUCUGUGGUUUCGUUGGAGGGGUGUCAAGGUGGGUUUGGGUUUUCGUCGCGCUGCGUUGCGGUGUGAGGGGUUCCCGCCGGGGUGGGGUCAGCGCCGGCUUGCGGCCGGAGGGUGCCGCUGUGACAUUGGGGGAAAAGCUGCGGGGGCUAAUGUGUGGGCGGGUAGCGGUAGGCGUGGUUUCACGUUGGUGGGCAGCUGGGUAUGCUGGUCCGGUACACGCCACACCCCCCAGGGCCCCCGCGUUGGGCCCUUUGCGGUCAUCUGACUGCCACCCCUUGGCUGUCUUCCCCUGGCGGAUGCCCCUCCUGCCGGCCCGCAGUGCUCUUGUUCUCUACUUCAACGCCUCGCCAAGGCUGCACCCGCAGGGCGCAGCGAAAAAAAUCGCAUGGGCAACUCGAGCAACCCGAGAAACUCAGCCCGAUAUGGUCGAAAACAGCCUAGCUCUAUUAUGAGAAAUAUACUCUCAUACAUCUAGUACUAAGGCGAUAACUCUAUCAGGCUACAAUCUAGUCCUUCGUCAUACUUGUUUUUUUCUCUUCAUUGUCCGAGAAGAUAAGAGAGGAAUUUAAGGCGAGUGAGUCGCAGCUUGGUUUUCUCGGUUCGGUGCCGUACCUUGGAAUAACACUGGCGGCGCCCGUUUUCGGUGUCUUAUUUAAGGCAAGUGACGCUCAGAUAUCAAUCUCUUAACAUGUUGCAACUCGACAUGGUAUAUUCAGGAGUGAGAACUUGAUAAUUACCUUCUCACCUCAGAAAAGCACUAGCGCGAGCCGCCCCUGGAAUCUAGACAGGGGAGUGCAACUCCAAGGGCUUUCACUUCUCUUUCUGGUACUGGAUAGGGAUUCUAAUUUUGUGGGCACGCAGUCGCAGAAAAAAGUUCUUCUGGUGGCUCUCACAGGCAACGCAGCCUUCUGUGCACUUCUAGCGUGGUCCUCGUACUACUGGCAGCUAGUGGUCGCGCGGUGCGUCAUCGGCGUACUCUCAUAGCUAGAAUAAUUUAUAGAACGGACGUAGGAUGGACUUGGAUGGAUCGGAUGGACCUACCUAAAUCUUCGGGCUCUACUCGAAAAACUUAGCGGACCUGGGAAGUCCAUCCGAUCCAUCCGAUCCGUCCCAUCCUGAACCCGACACCCCUAUAAACUGUUCUAUGUACAUGCAUCAUCCAUAUUGAUAGAAAUCGAUAGUAAGUUUAAGUUGUUUUUAUCAAUACUUAAUCAACUUCCUUAUGAUCCAGUUCUUGCAGACUGAAAAGAUUUCAGCAUACCAAAAUUUAUCAAUAGACAGACCGCGAAAGAAUGAAGUUUACGUUCUUUUUAAUCCCACACUAUUGACCAGUUUACACAAGCGCCGUUUGUGAUCUAUUCAACUGUAUGGGUGGAGGAAUUUGCGCCGAUCCAAAGCAAAACGCUGUGGGUUGCCUUAUUGCAGGUCGGAGUUCCCCUUGGGGUCAUGCUGGGAUACUUCUAUGAAAUGAUCUUAUUCAAGAUUUUUAUUCUUUGGCAGAAGAUAAAUCUUCAUCUUAUGCAUACUCAAUUUCUACAAAGAGCCUCAGUGGAGCUUUCGUUGCACUAAGAGCUACUUAGCAACAUCCAUGUAGUACUUCUAGUAUUUGUUUUGCAUCGUUUGUUGUUGUAGUUCGAAUAUAGGCAAUAGGAUACUUCUAAUCUGUGGUGGCUGGUCUUCUGGUUGCGAAUAACGUGCACUGGAGUGCCGCGAUGGCGGUGCAAACAUUUUCCAUCGCUGGACUGCUCAUCUUGCUUUCGCUCGGCGUGAAAGUAGAGCACAUCGACAACCCAUGGUCGUCGCCAGCAAUGGAGGGAUGGCGACAAAAGUUCAGGGAACAAGCGCGCGCAACGCGAAAAAGCAUGGCGGCUGCAAGUAGAAAGAUGACUGGAGCUACCAGGUACCUAGUGGGUUCUACAACAUCGCUACGAGAGAAGUUUUCUCUUCCGUCAAGCAGGCUCACGCGCUCGUUCCCAACAAUGAGAGUAGUUAAGGCGUAGGGAUCACCUAAAAUGCGAAGAAGUGAUACAUUCUUGAGUGUUUUAUUCCAUUUUGAAAGCAAUUCCAAAAAAUGUUAAUCUCAAUAGGUAAUAGUGGUUCUUAUCCACUUCUUUUCAUUCCCAUUCGCCCUUCUUCGUUGGAAACUGGAAAAUAACCGGUGUUGACGAGAAAGGUGAAGAUACGCUUUUUAAAGCUGAAUGGUAAUUAUAUAUAUUGAUAUUCAUAGUGUCCGCAUACGCUACGUAGGGGCGGGAAGCUCUAAAGAAUACAAUUCAAGGACGACUGCUUUGCCCCGAGGCACGAACGCAACCUCCCAGAAUCUUGGAGAUGGCCUGGUAGCCGAUAGCGCGCCAGGGAGAUCUGCGGGAUCUGGCAUCGAUCCACCCACGACAGCGGACGAUGGCCGAGCUAGCACAGGACGGCAGCCACAGCAACCGCGGCGUCCAAUAAAAGACGUGACCGGUGCACCUGCAACUUAAGACAAGUAUGUGAUUACUUAUUCAAGAUGCAUUCUUAGAUCAUUGAGAUUGAGUACACUACGUCGACAUCGACUGCUACUAUCACGUACCACUGCUAGCACCGCUAUGACUCGUCUAAGAGCAUGAAGCACCCGACGCACUUCCGUCGCCGAUUGAACCACUCAGGACCGGGAAUCACCUCAGCGUGGACACUCAUCUCGACGCGCACCGAGGGCAUCGCGCUGCUCCAUCACCAAGUCUUUUCGAAACCAGUAUGUCCUUUGAGUUUUGUGACGUAAAGAACCUGUGGAGGAUGCAGACUGGUAGUGAAAGCAAUAUCGGCAGCAACCUGUCAGACCGAGACCACGAAGAGGAUCACGAUAGUUCGCGUCUUCCAGUGGUCAAGGAGAAUAUUCUAAGCGAAGGCAAGCACAAAAGCAUAGUGCCGAGACUUAGUUGUAGAAAACAAACGGAGCAGGUUCAGGUUGGACGAGGAGGUCACAUCCCUGAAAAUGAUGAUGAUGAUGAUCAUUAUCAUAUGGUAGAGCGGGAACGCGAUCUAGACGACCUCAACGAUGGAGCCAUAUCAAUAGACCAGGAUCAACAUCAAAGUAGUCAAGCCAUUGUUGCGAUUGACGACGUGGAAGGGGAUCCGUGUCAUCGGAGUUGUGGAAGCAGAGGGCUUUUGCAGCAUCGCGACGGAAGCCACCGAGGAGAAGCGCCAGACGGCCGCGGCGGGAUCCAAGGUCGCGACAGCACAGAGAGUGGUGGGGGCCUUCGCGGUAGUAUGGAAUCAAUCGAGACUGAUGCUGGAGGCAUGCGCUUUUCGAGCGCAAGUGCAGACAGCGUCCGCAGCAGCACAAACAGCGCAGACGGGAGUGGCGACAACCUACCCGUAUCCAGAAAGCCCUCAACUUUAGUACGCAUGUUCCGUCUGCGAAACAACAGCAUCUUUGUCCUCAGUGUGUAUGACUGUAAACACCAAGAAAGCAUAAUUUACUGUUCUGAAUUAGUGGUCCAGCAAGCAAUGUCGGUGUCUGUGCGGAUGGAGCCCAAGCCAUCAGCACUACAUAUCUUACAUCGAUUCUUUAGAAACAGAAGCUAGAAGUUACUUAGAUAGUACAGAAACAACAGGAUCUAUAAAUAUAAUUAUAUAUAUUUAUAAGCUUGCGCUACUAUAAUUUACAAGACUGACGCACAACGUUCCUUUGUGGCGUUCCCCCUUUGUGAAAUUAUAGGCAUGCCAACACCAUUCAUAAAAUGCUUACGUUGUCAACGCUUUAUUUUGUGGUGACCGGCGUGCAGUACUGGGCAACCAUUUACCUCGUAGAAGUAUUCCGACCGAAAAGCGUCAGCAUAGAUAGUUUCAGGUAAUAUCUUGACCCAACUACUUGAUAUGCUAAUAUUUAUAUAUAGAACGAGUAACGGUAGCAACAAGUAACAAGUAAGUAGUUCCUACUUGGGAACUGUAUCGGUACUAGAUACAAUUGAGGCAGAAAUUCCACCGAGCCUUCGUUAGUGCAACUAAACAAGCAUAGUUUACAAACCUGUUGUGAAAUGAUGUUUAUAUUUUGGUGCUACAUUUCAGGGUUACAGUCAUCGUGACAUUCUCGAUAGUUGCGGCGACAGGACCUGCUUUUGGUGUAGUCACAGGCGGACUCGUAGUCGACUGGAUGGGUGGUUAUGGAGGUGUAAGAGCAAGAAUAACGACCUUUCGGAUGCUGCUCGGAAGCGCAUGCUUUGCGACCGCCUGCGGCGUUGUCGCAUCAGUAAGUUGGCGUGUUUGAUUUUGCAACCGUGUGAUUUGUGAGUGUCGAUGUAGUUGUUGUUUUAAAACCACGAAUCGAAUAGCAUGUUUUAGGCGAGUUACUUUGUUUUUCAACAGUCCUUCUCCAAAGCGACGGAUAGAACUUGUCCAUGCGAUGCUUCUCCUUUUUCCAAAGAAGCCCACCGUACACCAGAUUUUACCCGCAGGAAAUAGUAUGGGUGAGUUUUAUGCGGUCGUCGUUCUGCUGUGGCUCCUGUUGUUCUUCGGCGGAGCGAUGGUUCCAGCGCUGACAGGCAUGAUGCUCAGCGUGGUAACCAAGAAUUUGAAUUGCAACUUUCUUGCGCUUGAACCCUCUACAUCCAAAUUACAAUUUAAAGGCACGGAGGCUAGGUGGUGUUUGCUCGGCGUCGUGUCACCAUAUUAUGUUGAAAUACGCAGGUUCGCAACGACUUUCGCGCAACUGCGAGCGCGGUCGCGAACGGUCUUUUCAAUGUAUUGGGUUUUGCGGCUGGAACAUUAGCCCCGGGUCUCUUCAUGAGUUUUCUUAGUGGAACUUUUCGAGACCGAUUACGCGGCGGAAUGUCCUUGCUGUUCUGCUGGGCCAUCCUCGGUGUCAUUUUCCUCGUAGUAGCGUUGGUGAAACAAUAUCACGUUUUAAGCAUCCGUUUGUCGCAUCUGACUGAACGAUUCUGCGAAAUCCACGAGAAGACGAGAGAAACCGACUCCCAGACGUGCUCCGACAGAGAUCUCUAGUACUAUAUUCGAUUUGAUGUUUCUUCGCUCUUUCUGAUCUUGAUCCGCCACCGAUUGCUGACCUUUGUGUAGUGACGAGAGAAUUCAACACAAGUAUCUAUUCGAUAUUGAAUCACUCACACACACUCGGUUUAGAUUUAUGUUGUUGAAUUUCAUGGUAAAACUGCUAAGGCUUACACAUGAUCGAUACUCCUAAUACAAAAUACGACAGCAUCCUUCUUUUUUCCCCAUAUUGAUUCCUAGUAAAUAUGCUCAUCGAAAGAUCACAGGCAAACACCUAUCUUCCAGCAUUACAAAGACGGUUUUGGAGAAAGCCCUUAACGAAGUGAAGAAACUUCGAUAUGACCCGCGUCUUCUGGAUGUAAGGAUCGGGCAGGCGAAGGAGGCACUAGAAGAGGUGUACAAUAGCAUGGACAGAAGAGCAGAGAUGAUGCGACCAGAGUCUGACUAUGUUCACCAACUUCUAGAUGAACUGCUACGUUGUUCACCAAGUAGAGGAAGCCUACAACUGCAAGAAAUGCAACGUUGUUAGUAUUUAGCAUUUAAUAUAUAACGUUAUUUUUUAGAACUUAAUAUAUAUCACGAUUUUAGCCAAAGAGUUUAGAUUUAGAAUUUGAAUAAUUCCGGAAUUAAUGUCUGUACCUCCGACCUGCAUCUUGUAAGUUUGCAAGAUGAGACCGCCAGGCAAGUUUCCGAAAAGGCAGAAACUUUCAGCAAUGAAUUUUCGGAAACUUUCGGCAGGCGUUUUUUUUUUGGAUGAGAUUCAUGGAAAAAACUUCCGGAAACUUUCGGCGAUCCAUUUCAUGGGCCUCACCUCUUGCAUUUUACGUAAGUCGUAGAGGUGUCUGAUGAAGAAGGGCCUCCUUGUAAAUCGCUUUAGGAGGAGUAUCUACGUGCAUGAUCACAGAAUAAAGAAACAGGUCUUCUUCUGUGCCAGGUCUUGUAGGCUAGACGUAAAAGUCUAAUCAUUUCUUGUGUUUGGACGAGGUGUGCGAGCGUCUGUACCUGCUGAGGUUAACCAGGAUGUUGAGCGUUUCACGAACGAGCGGACCAUACAGGACAGCACACUGGAGCGACUAACCAUAGCGAGCAGAUGCCACCGCAGUUCCAUGGAAGCGGACAUAAUCAGACCAUCUCCUUCCACCGUUAAGAAUAGUUCGGCCGAAAUAGAUUGUUGGCAUCAAUAUUUUUCUGUUAUACUAGCCGUAGCAACAGACAGAUUGUCAUUCUCGCAUCAAGGUAGUAUGUAUCUAUAAGUAAGUACAUAGGUUCUUGCUUGUCAAGUUUGCUCUCUUUUCGUUUCCCCUGCUAGGCGGUCAACACUUAUAACUUUUUUGGGUCCGACGAGAUUAUUCAGCAUGCAACUAGCUACCUCUACGUCUAUCCGAAACCAGGCACUUUCUAAUGCGUUGCACUAUGGAAGUGCCGCACCCGGAGAGGAUGCUAGCACAGUGCACAAUAUGGCUCUCGCUACGAGCACGAUGGGAUCAGCUGCAGGAACUACAACUUUCAAAGAACACGACGAAACGGCGCCCUUUUCAGGAGGAAGGACUCCAGCAGAAGGGAGUGCCAUUGUACCGCUGAUAGAGUUAUGACCACUAGGUACUGUGAAUAAAGCAUUGUAAAGGAUUGACUACGCAGUCUGGGAGGUCAUUGUUUCGACUUUUUUGUAGGUUUGCCUAUUGUGUACUAGAAGUAAAAGGAAUUCAAACUACUGUUGUACGACGCUUACGUUUACGUACAAGAACGAACAAGAUGAAGAUCUUCUCUAACGAACGUUCACGGCCCUGGAGGAGGGCGCAAAGAGGGCGAGACUGCUUCUUCUACGUCCGUAGCUUCAGGAUCGGAGCUGGGAUUCGUAAGUCCCGAUGAGGUGAUGCUGUUCGACGCGGCAUCGCAGAAGAAGCACAAGAAAAAGUGAGCAAUGCUGACACUGUUGAUAUUUGCGCGCAAUGUAUUCUCGUAAUUGAGCAGGAUUUUUCACUGGCUUGGAUUUCCCUCAAAAUGUUGUGUCAACAAACAUUGUACACUUGAAAUUGAUACUGAGUGACUCAAUUUGUAUUAAUUUGUUCAUCUCUAGCUUGUGUCUCAUUGAAAUUUAUUGCGACGUUGAUUUUCCGCGACACGUCGACCUCCUACAUGUCUUCUAAUUACAACAAACGCAAGGAGAAAUCUGUCUAUCAACAAUGUUAUCGCUUUUAAAUCCUAAAAAGAAAUCUUCUUCCCUUCUUUCCGAUACCUGAAUAGUCGACAACUUUUCUUUCUAGACAUUGAAUACUCGGUUUAUUUUUCGCACGUGAAUACUCGAUACAGCGUUGUGUGCUGGCGUCUUUGACGCACAGACCUUGUUUCGUAAAAUAAUAGCUAGUUAAUGGUGCAGUUGUGAACUAGAAGACAUGGCAACGAAAGAAUGUGCACGUAUUAGCACUGAGAUAGGAAAAACGCGCGCGCGGAGGGAGGUGAACUAUUCUGCAGGCAAGAAAGGUUUGAUCGUAUCUAUAGCACCCUUGUCUUCGCGCGUUCAUUUGAUUGAUGUGCCCCGGGCGAUUUGAAGACAACUGUACAAGUCUCUUCACAAUGAAUCGUGCACGUCCGUAAGGCAUAAACAAUUUUGCAUCUCGUGGUGAUAGAUAAAUAACACUUUAAAUACGAAAGCGACAACUUUGUAGAGAACGGACAACAUCAGACCAAACUGGCAUGCGAAAAUUUCAAGAAAUGACGUACAAACAAUGCGCUGAGACUCUUCUACUAGAGUGCCUACCACCGCAAGAAGCUCGCGAC